UCACAGGACACAGGGGGUGUGAGAUACAGUUUGACUUCCAGACUUGUUCGGUCAGUGGGAGGGACUGAUCUGCCAUAUAAAGUAGGUGCAGUGUGUCAGUUCACUUCAGGAAACUGUGAGACGUACAGUAGAACAGGAAGCUUUCGAAUCACUUCACUUGCAAGAUGUUGAAGAUAACUCUGUGGCUGUUAGUGGGAGUGUUUGUGUGGGGGUUUGCGUCCUGCUCCGUCAAAUGUCCAGACGGGAAUGUCUGUUCCGAUCGCGCCACCUGCUGUAGGACUAGUCAUGGGUACAGCUGCUGUCCGUAUCCAAAUGCUGUGUGUUGCUCUGACUUGGCCCACUGCUGCCCCUCAGAGUAUCGCUGUAACCAGGUCACCCAGAUGUGUGAGAAGGAGCCGUGGAUGAAGAUACCCAUGGUGACGAAGGAGGCUGCAGAGGAACCAAGCACUCCUGUUCUACCUGCAUUUCCCAUCCAGGAGCUCGAGAACAACCAUGUGCCAGAACAAAAAAAGAGCUCAGUUGUCUACUGUGACAUCUAUAACACUUGUCCCGAUGGCACUACCUGCUGCAGACACCCAACCGGUCUCUGGUUCUGUUGCUUGUACAAUCAUGGCCGGUGUUGUCUGGAUGGCUACCACUGUUGUCCUUAUGGCUACAACUGUGACGUCACUUAUCAAUACUGUGUGAGGCAAGGCCUGCGAUAUCCCUUCUCCCCCAAACAAAGUUUGUCUUCAGUCCCUGCCUCUCUCAUCUCAACUCCAGAAGACCAAAGCACCUUGCUAGAGACACCAAUGACAGCUGUGACAGAAGCCAGUGGCGGCAACGCUGAGGUCGGAGUCAUUCGCUGUGAUCCCACCUUUUUCUGCAAACCAGGAACUACCUGCUGCCAAAAAGGCCCCACCGGCCCUUGGACCUGCUGCCCCUACAAACUGGGCCAGUGCUGUGCAGAUGGUCGUCACUGCUGUGAUUAUGGAUAUACAUGCGACUCCACCUCCCUGUCAUGCAAUAAAGGGUACUCUCAGAUCCCCUCAGGAGCACAGGAAGACGUCAAAACAGUCUGAGGGCAUGUUGUUAAAGUUUUUGCACUGUAACAGCUUUGCCAUUAUUUUGGUAGGCUACAUAUUUCAGAUCAAAUCUAACAAUGCAUCAUCAUCAGACCUAGAUGACGGCUGAAUGAUGUGCUUACAACCUCAAAUGAUUAUUUCUUUUAUCCAAGGUGGAUUCCAUUUCAGAUGAGUGUUUUUUUAUGCUGCAGUGCUUCUCACAAAUGAUGGAUGUAAACAUAAAUUUUUUAGUAACCAGCUUAGAUUUCAUGCAAAAGUUUUUAUCCAUUGCGGUAGUGUAUGUUGAGAAUGUUCACUCUGAAGAUUUAUUCAGCGAUAGAUAGUCACACCAUGCAGAACUGCCAACUCCAAAUCAAUUCAUGAUAUUUUCAAAUAAAACAGAAAAUGUAACACUUACAAACAUGUGAACUUAUUUGAAUAAAAAAAUAAGCAAACGUGA